AUGAAAACAAUCAAAAAUGAUGUGACAAAUUCUGAAAAAAAUCUCAAAACACAUCAAGAACAAUUAAACACUAAUCGAGAUAAAUUGAAAAAUCUUUUAAAUGAUCAUCGAAAUCAUCGAAAAACUUUAGCUCAAGGUGCAGAAAAAUUACGACAAAUUAUUGAAGAACUUCCAACAGCACAUUUGAAAUUAUGUAAUUUAUUAAAAAAGGAAAAAGAUUCGAAGCAACAACUAGAAAAUGCUAAACAUUCUGGAAAAAUUGCUGAACAAAAUUUAAAAACGACAAAUAAAGCCUUGACGUUGGGUCAAGAAGCUUUUGAUACAAUGAAUAAAUUUUCUCGAGAAAAUCGACAAGCUCAAGUUGUUGGUCAUGAUACAAAACAACGAAUGCUUGAAGAACGAAAAACUGAUGUGGAAAAAGCUAAAGGCGAGUGUGAAAACCAAAAGAAACUACUUGAAAAGCGAGAAAAUGAUUAUACAACAGCAACAUCAGAGCGAAUUCAAGCAGAAAAAGCCUUGGAAAAUUUAGAAAAACAAAUUGAAAUUGAAAAGAAUAAUAUUAACGAAAGCAAAAAAAUAUUGAAUAAUUUUGAACAAGACAUUGAAAAAGUUGAAAAACAAAUUAGCGACAUCCUUGUUAAUAUUGAAAACGCUUAA